AUGGCACAACGAAGAUUCUCUGCCGAGCAAGUUGCUGAAAUGCUUUUUGCCGACAGCGAUGAGAGUGAGAAUGGAUCUGAUCCAGAUAGGUUUGAUUCGGAGAAAGAGGAUCAAAUCUUGGACGGAAUCGAUCCAUUUGAGGAUCUAAAUCCGGAAACCACAGAGCAGCCGAGUACAUCUGCUGAACCCAGGACCCCGACGGCUCGCCCUUUUCCACCCAGCACCGCUUCUGCUCCUCCUGCAGCCCGCAGAUCUAGGUCUCCUCCUGCAGUCCGCAGAUCUAGGUCUCCUCCUGCAGCCCGCAGAUCCAUUUGUCCUCCUCGACCCGGCUCCUCCAGCACUGCCACAGAGCCACCAAGAUCGUCUGUGACCACAGAGUUUUGCCCCAGACUGGAACCUGGAGUGCAAUUGGACACCUCUGUAGAGCAAAGCCCCCUUGGCCUUUUCAAGCACUUUUUUAGUGCUGAUUCCAUCAGGACAUUGUGUGCCAACACAAACAAACUGGCAGAGAGAAACAUUGCUGCUGGGAAAAGAUACAAGUGGACCACCAUCAACCCUGCAGAAAUGUUCAAAUUCAUUGGCUUAGUUCUGUACAUGGGAGUUCUAAAGCUCCCAGCAGUCAGUGACUAUUGGAAGAGAAAAAACAUUUUUUCUGUGAAUUUUCAGAACACGGUCAUGACAAGGGAUAGGUUCCGUGCCAUAUCCUGGAAUAUUCAUAUGAGUGACCCAGAGGAAGAUGUUGUGAAUGACAGAAAGAAGCAGAGUCAGCCAGAUGAGUAUGACACACUCUUUCGUUUGAAGCCACUGAUGACCGAGAUCAAGGCCGCCUGUCAGUCUGCAUACCAUCCCAAGAAGCAGCUUUCCAUCGAUGAGAGGAUGGUGGCCACCAAGGCAAGAACUGGGAUGACCCAGUACAUGAAAGCAAAACCGACCAAGUGGGGGAUAAAGCUGUUUGUGCUGGCAGACUCCAGCAAUGGCUAUACCUGUGACUUCAACAUCUACACAGGUAAAAGCAGGUUGGCCUCUGGGCUAGGGCUCUCAUUUGACUCUGUGGUGGCAUUGAUGAGGCCAUCUUUCCUAGGCAGUGGUUAUCACCUCUACUGUGAUAAUUUUUACACCAGCCCAAAACUCUUCAGGCACCUGCUGUCCCUCAAUUUUGGAGCCUGUGGUACCAUUUGUGAAGGGAGGAAGGAGGCUCCAAAAACAAAAAUAAACCAACUGACCAAGAAAUCCCCCAGAGGAACUCUCAGGUGGAUAAGAGAAGAGAACCUUGUCUUCACCAAGUGGAUGGACAACAGGGAGGUGGCAAUGUGCAGCAGUGUCCAUGUUGCUUAUGAUGGGGACACUGUCAAGAGGAAACAGAAAAAGAUGGAUGGAUCCUGGGAGGAGACAAACAUACCAGUCCCAAAACCUAUUGUGGACUACAACAUGUACAUGGGGGGAGUGGACUUAUCAGACCAGCUGAUACAGUACUAUUCAGUUCACCACACAACAAGAAGAUGGUACAGGACCAUGUUUUUUCAUUUCAUUGACAUUGCUGUGACCAAUGGCUUUAUAAUGUACAGAGAAAUUCAGAAGCUGAGGAACACACCAGCCAACCACCUCAUCACCAACAAGGCCUACGUGGAGCAGCUUGCGGCUGAGCUGUGUGGUGUCACAGUCGGGGCCGUGCCUGUACAGAGGAGAACUGGACAUACACCUGUGCCAAUCUCAAAACCAGUUGGAAGGCUGAGGUGUGAGAAAUGCAAGACAGAUGGGCUCCCAAGAAAAGACACCUCAUGGAAAUGCAAUGAGUGUGAUGUGCCACUCUACCUACAGCCAGAGCGUAACUGCUUCCAUAUGUGGCACAACAUGUAA